GGGGGACUCAGGUGGUUAUUUAAUGUUUAAGCAAGUGAAGCGAGGAGUCGAGGCAGAGGAGGAGCAAGGGCCACAAGGACGCGUAGGACUCUUCCUUCAUCCGGGUAGUUCGCAGAAUACCGGUGCGUUCCAAUUCACUCGGAUCGGAAGCUGAUCAACUGAAUAAAGCACGCGCCGCAGAAUCCGCGCUGCACUUCGAAAGUGGCUGUUGUCGGUUCCAGGUGAAUCGUGGCGGAGCGAUGUUGCCGCCUGCCAGUGCGUCAUGAGUGUUGGCGGAAGUCUGAACCUCCCGUCAGACUGAGGCCGAGGACAAGUGGAACGCUCCUAAAGAGCAGCGUUUCCACUGCUGUCAAAGCUGUUUUCGCUUCCUCAAACUCACUGAAGAAUGGAACUCGAAUGCCUCGGAGAUAGUGACUCUUUCCAAGCUUGAGGAUUUGACUCGGUUUGGAAGCAGAUAUAGUCCCGGGUCGUCGUGCGCGUGGCCACCUGAGCGCAGCAGAAGUGGUGUGUUUGUCCUGCUGUGUGUGAAGGAUGACGCUGAGCACAGCUAACCACCUGUGGUCGAUGCACAACGUCCUCGGCCAGGGAGCCACUGCGAGUGUUUACAAGGCUCGGAACAAGAGGACGGGUGAGCUGGUGGCUGUCAAGGUGUUCAACACUGUGAGCUACAACCGCCCACAUGAGGUCCAGAUGAGAGAGUUUGAGAUGCUCAGGAAGCUCAACCACAAGAAUAUAGUGAAGCUGCACGCUGUGGAGGAGCUUCCCUCCAAGCAGAAGGUGCUGGUGAUGGAGUACUGCUCCGGUGGAAGUUUGCUCAGUCUCCUGGAAGAACCCGAAAACGCCUUCGGCCUGUCUGAAACAGAGUUCCUGACUGUGCUGCAGUGUGUCGUCCAGGGAAUGAACCACCUGCGGGAGAACGGAGUGGUGCACCGGGACAUCAAGCCAGGGAACAUCAUGCGCCAGUUUGGAGAAGACGGCAGAUCAGUUUAUAAGCUGACGGAUUUUGGUGCGGCUCGAGAGCUGGAGGAUGAUGAGAAGUUUGUGUCUGUGUAUGGAACUGAGGAGUACCUGCAUCCCGACAUGUACGACUGUGCAGUCCUUCGUAACCCGCACCGGAAGUCGUAUGGAGUCAGCGUGGACCUCUGGAGUAUCGGUGUGACCUUCUACCAUGCUGCUGCUGGGAGUCUUCCGUUCACCCCAUUCGGAGGGCCACGCAGGAACCAGAAAACCAUGUACAAAAUCACCACGGAGAAACCCAUGGGUGCCAUCGCUGGAACGCAGCGGGUGGAGAACGGCCCCAUCGAGUGGAGCUACCACCUCCCUGACAGCUGCCAGCUCUCACAAGGUCUGAAGAUGCAGCUCGUUCCCAUCCUGGCUGGCUUGCUGGAGGCCGACCAGGAGAGAUGUUGGGGUUUCGACCAGUUCUUCACAGCCACUACUGACAUCAUGCAGCGUCAGCCGGUCCACCUGUUCGCACCGCAGCUGGCCGUGGCACACUGCAUCUACAUACAUCACUACAACACAGUUUCUGUUUUCUUCGAGGAAGUGGCUUCUCAAACUGGUGUUGCAGUGCAGCAGCAGCACCUGCUGUAUUUGGGACAUCAGCUUCUUCUGGAGGGGAGCAUGAAGGUAGUCAACCUUCCUCACACCACGCCCGAACGACCUCUCAUCCUGCUCUGCGAUGGGCCUGAGGAACAUAGCGGCCCGUCCAUCAGAGAACCCGAGGUCCCUCUCAUCCCACCCAGGUUUGACGUGAUCGUCGACUACAACUUCACUAAGGUGGUCGUGGGAGUGGUCCAUCAGUAUGGAAGGCUUGUCAAAAUGCUGCACUGUCACCGAGAGCUUCUCCUGGACGGGUUCUACAGCUACAUGAUGAGGUUACGAAGCGAGUGUGGAGAAGCCAUGCACAGUAUCGCCAAGGUCACCAUCAGACUGCAGUCCUGCCUCAGCAUGGAGAACAAACUUCACUCUCUAAACAGUCACGCUUCCCAAAACGGAAUCAGUGACAACGGUCAGAAGUUGCAUCUGGUGAGUCAGCACCUGCCUGUGUGUGCAGCUCACAUCCAUGAGUUUGAGAAGCACCUGGACCGUCUGCAGAUCGAGCAUGCCAAACUGGCUGAGUGCCUUGCUUGUGACCGAAGCUGCCAGAAAAUGCACUUCCUGUUACAGAAGAUAACAGCCACUCACCAGCACUACCGAAAGGACCGCCUGACCGGCAAGUUGGCCUACAAUGACGAGCAGAUCCACAAGUUUGAGAAAUUCCACCUGUCCUCCAACAUUAAGCAUGUGAAGUCUCUAUUUAGAGACGAGAGCCUUCAGAAGUACAAAGAGCUGGUGGCCACUGCCAGGACCUGGAGCAGUCUUUUACUGGAGAUGCAGACCAAACUGAGGGACUUCAGUUCGUUCCUGGCUGGACUGCUGGCAGACCUGGAGGUGAACAGUCAGCAGCAGAGCAAAACUCUAGACGGCCUCCUGGACACCCUGCAGCCUCAAGGAAGAGGCGCCUCGCUGCAGGACAGGGAGCAGAUGGUGUCCAGGAUGCACUUUCUGAAAGAAGAGAUGGAACUCUUGGUGCAGGAGCUGCAGUGCAACAACAGCAUCAUAGAGAGUCUUGGACCUGUUAAGGCAGCAGGCGCUGUGGAGCGACCCUCGACCCUCUGACAUCUGGGCUCACCGGAUGCGUUUCAGAAGAGCCAUUUAAACUCUGGUUUGGGGAGGUCUUGUCCCCUGUUUAAAAGCCUGUCAUAGGCAGAGACUUGCUGUAGUCUGAAGGAAGUUCAAGGAAUUAUUGAACCCUUUAUGGUCCUCUACGUGCCAGAGAUAUGAAUUGAUUUGAUGCCACUGCUUUUAUUCUUCCCAUAAUGGGGAAGUAAGAGGAGAUGAGAGCAUUUCCAUUGUUGCACCUCUAAGGUUUGAGCACCGUGUGAAGCAGAGCACUGGAUCUUGCAUAUAAAACAGUCAGUACUGUGGACUAGGAGUUGUGUCUGGACUAAUCUGGCCCUGCAUUAGAAAGUUUGGAUUCAGACAGACCAGGUAGUGAGGAUGACUUGGGUCAUCUACCGUGGGGUCUCCUCACAUACAUAGACCGUCUCUGCGAGACAGCUUUCCCACUGUUGCCUACGUCACCGCAAAUGACCUCUAAGUUCACAGAAUAAUGUUGACUUGAUCAACACUGGACACACAAAUGCACACAAACGUUUAAUGCUGACAUAAUGCUUUCCCAGCCUCUCACCCCAUCUUCUUUUUCUAUCGACUUCUCCCUUCGGAGGUGGCCACAGCGGAUCAUCUUCGUCCUUCUCACCCUGUCCUCUGCUUCCUCUUCUGUCAAACCUACAAACCUCAUGUCCUCCUUCACCACCUCCAUAAACCUUCUCCACCUUCUGCCUGGCAGUUCCAACCUCAACAUCUUCCUACCAAUGUACUGGCUCUCUCUCUCCUCUGUACAUGUCCAAACCAUCUCAGUCUAGCCUCUCUGACUUUGUCUCCUAAACACCUGAGCACAUGUGCUGUCCCUCUGAUCCUCUCCAUCCUGCUCACUCCCAGAGAGAACCUCAGCAUCUUCAUCUCUGCUACCUCCAGCUCUGCCUCCUGUCUUUUCCUCAGUGCCACUGUUUCCAAACCAUUCAACAUUGCUGGCCUCACCACCGCUUGUACACCUUCCCUUUCAUCCUUGUCCACACCCUUUUGUCACACAUCACUCCUGACACUUUUCUCCAAUUAUUCCGUCCUCCCUGCACCCACUUCUUCACCUUUUUCUCACACUCUCCCUGUACUUAAAACCGGCCACCUUCUUUUUCUCUGCAUCCUGUAACUUCACUAUAUAUACAAAUGAAAGUAUUACCGUAAAAUAAGAACAUAGUUUGUCACAGUCACAAAUUUGCAGCCAAGUCAAUUCGAUGACACACUACUGCCAACAUAUGUGGCAUAUGUAUUAAAACUAAGCGGCUUGUUUCCGGCCCUCUCGGAGGCACUCGCAGCCCAACCUCAGUCCUUUGGUUAAGAAUCGCUGUGUUAGAAAGUGAGUCUGAAAGGGACCAUGCAUGCUGGUUGCACAGUGUUGCUCCAGAUGUGCGAGUCUCACCCAAACCCACACAUAAACAGUGUUAGCAUCAGUGCCGGAAGUCCUAACACCAGCUGAAAUAAGUGUAUCAAAUCUGUUGGUUAGACACUUGUUAUCUAUUGCGAGCAUCAUGCGCUGUCUCCAGCUGGAAGGAUACAGAUAAGACGAUUCUGCAGCUGUUCUAGGUUCUUUUAUGGUGUUGUUUCUGCUGUCCAGUGCUGAUCUCAUCAGUAACUUCAAUUUUUAGUGCCUUUCCAAGAUGACUCUGAAGAUUGUCGCUGCAGUAAACAGCUAAUUGUGUAGUCAGCGUUGUAGUUGCUCCUCUGCUGAUCAGGCCGGUCCUGGGGUUUCAUUUCCUCGCCACCAUCACAUCAGUGUCACCCUCUGUUACCUGUGAGCAGCUCACCUUCACAGAUAGCACAUGGCUGAUUUACAGCUGAGGAUUCAAGUCGCCGCCGUAUUUUCUCGUGGCUGCACGCUCAGGGAAGUUAGAAACUCUUGUGUGAGUCACUGUUUCCUGUUAUCGUGAGCUGACAAAAGUCUGCUGUCAUGUUCGCCAUCGCCCACCCCCAGAACACACUCCAGCCCCCAAGAUUAAGAAGCAACUAAAGGUUUUUCUCUUUCUGUGGGCGUCCUCGUGGGUUUUCCUCUGCUUCGGUGACACUCAUGUGACGCGCUCGUGGCCUCACGGAAAGUUCACAACGCCUCAGCCCACACAGAGAGAAGUGAUCAGAAACUGUGAUUGAAGAAACUCACUGUCCUUCAUGUCUUAUAGUUUGAUUCAGAGAAAUCAAACUAGAAAGUUUUUCAAAUGCAUUGCUUUUAAUCCCUUGUCACUGGUUAGUUUGUGGUGUAAUGAGGUAUUAUUUUGGCAUAAAAUAUAUUCAUAUGGAUUUAUUUCUUUAUAAAUAUUGGCAUGAAUGUGAAUAAAGGUGGUUCCAAAUGA